AUGGAAAUCGUCACAACAGAUGCGGACUACGGCAUUGUGACCGUGAAGGAUGAUAUCGAUUUCAACAGCCCGGUUAUUCAAGGAAGAAUGCUCGAAAUGCAGGCGCAGCGCUGCAACAACGGUUCGACUCCCCGAGCAGGUUGGUGUCCUGAGACCUGGGAUAGCAUACUUUGUUGGCCACCCACGGCUCCCAACGAGCUUGCAGUGCUGUCGUGUCCUCACUACAUCGCUGGGUUUGACUUGCAGGCAAAUGCCACGAGACAGUGCAUGUCUGACGGACAAUGGUACUGGAGCGCAGAAACAAAUAGUACAUGGAGCAACUACACGGAAUGUUAUAAUACUCCGCUUGUAACCGUACUAAUGGAUCUGCCAGAUAUGGAGGCUGAUAACGCCACACUCGUCAAGAAAUAUCUGCCGGUGGUUAAAAUAAUAUCAACAGUUGGGUACGCGGUAUCCUUGUCAGCGCUGAUUGUCGCUUUCUGCAUCUUGGCAACAAUAAAGAAACUGCGGUGUCCGAGAAACAUGCUUCACAUGCAUCUAUUUGCGUCAUUUAUAACCCGAGCAUUUAUGGCAUUGCUCAAAGAAAUUAUUUUCAUCUCCGGACUGGGUCUUUCUUCAGAUGUGCUUAUUAAAAACGGAGAGAGUUACUGGCUUGAUCAUGAUAUUGAAAGUAAUUGGCAUUGCAAGGCAUUCACUAGUUUCUGGCAGUACGCUAUACUUGCAAAUUACUCUUGGAUAUUGAUGGAAGGCCUCUAUCUCCAUAAUUUAGUUUUUUUUGCAUUAUUCACCGACUCUAAUUCCAGUAUCGCUGGUUACGUCGCGCUUGGAUGGGGUCUGCCGCUGGUAUUUGUACUGCCUUGGAUAUCAAUGCGCGCUUGUAUUGAGGAUACUUUCUGCUGGACUAUCAAUUUAAAUCCCUAUGUGUUUUCCGUAAUUCGCAUUCCGACCACACUUUCUAUAGUAAUUAACUUCGCCCUGUUUGUCAAUAUUGUAAGGGUGCUUUAUUUAAAAUUAAAAUCAGCCGUUUGUGAAGAGACGCAUCGUUACCGACGAUGGGCUAGAAACGUUACAACAAGAGGAUGUAGUCUAGCAAGUAGCAGAGGGUACUUGGAUUCCGUUGAUCAUGGGCACGGCAUCAAUUUGCCAGACGGCUAUGUACAAACUACCAAUCAAGCAUCACCUCUCCGAAGCAAGUAUACAGAUCAGUCAAUGUUAUCAUUUUACUCCAAUAUAUCGGAAGGUUGCGGACUAACAUCAAAUCUAACUUAUAAAAUAGAACCGAGUGAACACCAUCGCUGGAGCGAUUCUGAGUGCUGCAGUUUGUCCUUCGAGUUACACAACUUCCAUCCAGCAUGA